UUCAAUCGAGUUGACAGCUCCAUUCUGGCAAAUAAAAUUUGCGUUUUUCGCUCGUCGCUCAGCGCAAAAAUAGCAUUUGCAUUGGAUUAACUCGUAACUGGCAAUUGAAAUCGUGCAGCAAAAUGUCGCGUCGUUCCAAUUUCAUUGAGGGCAACGACAAUUUUCGCGACCAGAACCUGCGCUUUGUGCGGAACGAGUUUGAGGACAAUAUUAACCAGUACUUUGGAGGCGCCGAUCCGGAGGGCAGCGGCCCGCAGCAGAAACCGCCGCCGCGAGACUCGCUGAUUGUCCAGCCGACCGCAGCCAACAGCGAGCUGGACAAUCGGCGCCAAUUUCUCCGUGACCUGGGCGCCAGUCGGGUGUUGGCCAACGCCUUGGCGCAGCGCACCUUCAAUGUGCCCAAGUUCAACCUGCGCCAUUUCCAGCGCCAGAGGUUCCGCCUCAGCGUCGAGCUGGGCGACAGUCACCAGGAUGUGGUGGACAAGGAGGUGCUCCAAGCCAUCGAGGAAGCGGUGGCUAGCCACGACGACGUCGAGUCGCGGCCACGCACUCCGUCGCCGCCGCGGAACAUUGAUUGGCACAGCGCCAGGAUGAAUAACUCACCGGCUAAUAAGGAUCGAUCGCGUUCUAGGAAUCGUCAGAGAGAGGAAAAUUUCCCAAACAACAAUCGCGGAGUUGUGGAACAACGGGAGCCAAUCAAUAGGAAUUGUGGACCCGUAAAUCGCAAUAAUCCUGGCAUGAAUCCUGCUGAGUUCAAUCGCAAUCGUUAUGCAAAUGCGCAGGACUUUAAUCGAAAUAAUCGAAAUAUGGACAGAAGUGAAUUCAAUCAAAAUAAUCGCAAUUUCAACCGAAAUGAGGGUUCACGUCCCAAUCCACAGGAUUUCAAUCGUCCCAAUAGAAAUCAAAAUCCACAGGAUUUCAAUCGUCCCAAUAGAAACCAAAAUCCACAGGAUUUCAAUCGUUCCAAUAGAAAUCAAAAUCCACAGGAUUUCAAUCGAUCUAAUAGAAAUCAAAACCCCCAGGAUUUCAAUCGUCCCAAUAGAAAUCAAAAUCCACAGGAUUUCAAUCGCAAUAAUCGUAAUGCCUAUCCGCAUGAAUUCAAUCGUAAUAUCCGAAAUGAUAACGAGCAGGAAUUUAAUCACAAUCGUAAUGCAGUCAAUGAUGAAUUCAAUCGCAAUACUCGUAAUGUUAACAACCAAGCAUUCCCUCAAGGACAUAACCAUAACAAUCGUAAUGCGAAUGCACAAUUCAAUCGCAAAACUUUUGACGAGAACCCAAACUUUAAUAACCAACGUUUUCAAGGACCAAAUCACCAGAUCAACUAUCGUGUUCAGAUGCCAAACAAUGAUCAUUCCCAAGUAAACAACAAUCGCAGGCCUGGUAAUCAGAACUUCGUUUCGAAUCAGCAACCCAACUUGGAUCGUAAUGCUAUAAGCGAUGACGGCAUUCAGCUGCCAAGAGAUCGAUUCCGUUCGCCUGAAGCGCAUCCAAAACAACCACCAUAUCCACGUAAUGUGAACGCUGACCAGGUUGGAAACCGUGGACCCCAAAAGAGGCACAAUUAUCAGCGUAUUGUGAAUGACAAUCAAAUAAUACUACGUCGCACCGACUGGACUGACGAAGAAGAGGAUCUAGAUCUAGAACACCAUGAUAUAGACGACUAUAUACCCGAUGAACGCGAAUUUCUUGAAGAUGAUGCCGAUUUCAUCGAUGACACAAAUGAUACACUUAUGAAUGAUGAUCAGUAUGAGGGUUACCACUCAAGGGGUAAUCAACACUACAUCCAAGAUCAUAACAUCGAUGAUCGUAAUUCAUAUGGACGCAAUCGCAACGAUCGUAACUUUGAGGGCAUUAGGCGCCAGUUUGAUCCAGAACUCGAUCGACGCAACUUAAACGACAACUUCAAUCAGCGAAACAACUAUUCGCGUGGCGGUGACACCGUACGCUUUCCCCGAAGGGAGGAUGACACAUUCCAAGGCUCAAAUAACCCUAAUUUUCCACCGAACUAUCCAAACACUAUUCUCCGUGGAUCGGGUUCUGGAAAUCGUUGCCGCGAUACGAGCUCUAACAGACCCAUGGGUCCCAAUCAAAACAGACGAAGCCGCCUACCAAAUGCUGAUGAAGCUGCUCCAAGUGUGGCCCAUUCUGGGGGUCCCAUACAAGAUGGAACUAAUUUAAAUCGUAGAAUCAAUAAAAAUUUAAAUCCUGGCAAGGGGCCAGAUCGCAUCAAUGCUGGGACUCCUAAUCAACCCAGAUCCAAGUCAACCACAUCUCAAACUCGAAAUCUAAAUCCUGAUAUUCCAAACAAAAUGGUCAAGAAGUCGGCGGUUCCACAAGACAAUCGUGCACCGCAACCAAACAAACCUAUGAACACCAAUCCUGGUGCAUCCAAACCUGGUCAGUCGGUAAUCAAACCGAAACUACAGGCAACCAAGAUCAACGCGGCCAUGGCGAAACCGCUCGCUGGGAUAAAAAGAAAAGCUGAGACUACUCCAAAGUUAGGGGGGGCUACCAAAGCCGGGCCAAAACGCCAGAGAGCGGAUCGAACAGAUCGCAGCUUCAUUAUAGGCGGCAUUAGUCUGCCCUAUAUCAACAGCAAUACCAAGAAGCUGCCACAGCCGGAGGAGCAGUCAUACGCGGUGACCUUCUUCGAGCAAACGCCCAACUACAACACCAACAUAUAUGCCAUCGACGAUGGCCAUGUUGAUGAAGACGAAGGUGAUGGGGACGACGAGGAAAUGUCCGAUGCCGAAUCUCUGGACUCGAACCGAUCCGGUGUUCUGUCCAAGUGGAAAGGACGCAGUUCGAAGAAGAAGGUGCGCACCCAGUUGCGCAAGGAAUGGACAAAAAUCUAUAGAACCAAUAACUACAAGGACUGGCACGCCUGGUGGCGGGAUUUCAAGUGGUGCGGCAGCGAGAUUAACAAAAAGCUAGAGAAGUUCGGCGAUCGCAAUCUGCGCCACCGCUUUGCCCCCAUCGGCCGGAAACCGAUGACCGGAAAGACGAUCAAUCAGAUUUUUAAAUCGGGCCACAUGGGUCUGGAGAAGAACACCUUUAGCCACUACCGCAAUAUGCGUUCGAUUUUCCUACUGAUGAACGAAAAGUUCCUCAACAGUUUGUCUGAUGAGCAAUUGGAACAGUUGCAGGACUUGAUACGUGGCGUUCCAAAUCACUUGUGGCUCUACAAGAUCCGCAGCAUGGUCUACCUUUGGGAAAGGUACCAUGGCACUCUUAAAACCCAUUCAGCUAAUAAUUUCAAAAGCGAUAAGGAAAUUCAAUCCAUAGCGAGAGAAUGGAAAAGUCCUGUCUUUCACUGGUUAGCCAAGCAGGCUUUCGAUGAGCUUAAGGCAAUCAGCGAGAUCGCGUGGCCGGAUCAUAAAAAAAUCUAUCCCGGCUUGAAAGCAUAAUUGAAUGCGAAGCAUAUUGUAUAAGAUUGUAUAUGGAAUCAAAGCCAAAAUAAAACAAAGGGGUUUGCUUUUGCAAUGGCCCAUACGAUUG